AUGAUGGUUCGCCACAAGCUACCAUUCCGUGAUCUGCUGAAACCUAAUAGCGAUUGGAUGGCUCACACAGCUGUGAAUACGACAAGACCUCGUCCUCAUUCACUCGCUUACGGUCUCUACAACAGUUUGUUCCAGCUAAGCUAUGAAACUGCUUUCUUCGGUCUCUUUUUGGUUGAGCUCUUCUUUGGUGUUGCCAUUUUUUGCGUGUUUGCACUUAAUUCCUUUUCGAUCAUUGGAUUUUCGGCGUCACACACUGCAAACGACUAUCGGGCACUUAUGCUGUUCACCUUCGUUCUCCUUCACGGGUAUGCAUUGAUCGAAAUGAGGAAGUGCCAGAUGAAGGAACAGCAACCGAAUCGGUAUGUGACUGUAUGA